AUGGUCACGACUUUGAUCGCGAGUUCUUCUAUCGCGCCACCUUCUCCUCUGCUGGGGGGAUUGGUGCACUGCCCACCACCGAGUCUCGAUUUUGACCGCGAGUUCUUCUGUCGUGCAACCUUCUCCUCUGCUGGAGGCAUUGGCGCUCUCAAGGCUACAGAGGCUGUUCCAACACUGCAAGGCCUGUUUCCCGGCAACCCAACAGCACCAAAUCCCUUGUCAGGAUCACCCCUGACGAUCCCUCUCAACACCACUGCAUCAACCAACACCACCGCAUCAACCAACACCACCGCAUCAACCAACACCACUGCAUCAACCAACACCACCGCAUCAACCAACACCACAACACCAACCAACACCACCACACCGUUCAACCCCACCACACCAACCAACGCCACCACACCAGCCAACGCCACCACACCAACCAGCACCAACCAGACUUCUCCCGAGCCUCCCAGCCUCUCUUCGCUGCCUCUCUUCCGCCGCUUCCCCCCAUUCGUCCCCCUGGAAGGUCCCCUGUGCUUCCGCCUGCGCCUCACCCCUCCCCCGGUCGACUCCUUCUGGUCCGUCACAGUCUACAACAGCACCUCGCUGAAUCUAUUGGAGGGAGUGAGCAAGUACGGUGUGGGUGAUAGAACUCCAGGUCUGCUGUACAAUCCUGACGGCACGCUCACCAUCUACAUUCAACCCACUUCGCCCGGCCGGUCGCUCGAAGUCAACUGGAUCCCUACUGUUAACUCGACAAGGAGCGCAGUGGUGCUGCGAGCGUAUGGCCCCUCACAGCUCAUUCUCAACGGCACAUACCGCCCGCAGCCAGUGCAGCUCUUUCCUCCCGGCCCCACGUGCCAAGGGGAGCAGCAACAAGGCAGCGUUACUCUCACCGCCCCUGCAGGGCGACAGGAGCGCAAUCUCACUCUCAUAAACCCUGUUUCCUAG